GUGAUAUAAUUAUAUUAUUAAAGAAGUAGCUAUUGUAACAUUUAUUAGUAAUAUAUACAACUCUUAUAGUUAGUAUAUAUCUGUAUUAUCGGAGGCACGUACCAAAAGAUAUCAAUUUGCACUUACAGUGGCCGAAACCCCAUGUUCCAUCACUUAAAUUACUAAGCUCAGGCUCUAGCUAAACAAAUUAGCCCAUGUUUCCAUCACAUAAACUAGUGCCGCUCUUGCUAUCCAAGGAAAUUUCGAAACUGAAAAACAGGGGCGUACGCAACAGAGGCAAGGUCAGCCGGGGAGGGUGCACGCGGCCAGGUGCUGGGAAAAUCUACACUCGUUGACAAGGUGUUUAACCAACUAACAACGUCACCCCUAGGAUCACUCACUGCCCCGCUCAGAAGGAGGAAGCCAAAGCCAAGCAACCACACGUCCAAAACUGCAACGCCCGCCUCGCGCUCGCGCGCACGUCGGCGCGGCACGGGCAUGGGGUGGGUGCGCGUGCGGAGCCCCCCGGUGCUGCAGUCGAAGCUGCUCUGCCUCUCCCUGCUCUACCUCCUCACCACGCUCCCGCUCGCGCUCUACGUCUCCUUCUCCGACCCCGACCGCCGCUGCCCCCUCCUGCCCUUCCCCUCCCGCGCCUCCCCGGCCUCUGCGAAGCCGCUCUUUCAAUACCCGCCCGGGUACGGCGAGCACAAGCACGCCCUGCCUGCCCCACGCCUGCUCUGCUCCAAUCCCGUCGUCUUCGCAGACUAUAAGACUGUCCUGGAAGAGAUCAGUGGCCUCUGCCGCAACCUCUCGGUGUCUCCUUCUACACCCCCCGUGUUGCGGUAUCAGAGAGGCAGGAGGAAAUCGUUUGCGGGAAACUUGUCUGCCGAGGAACGGAGAUCGUUCUUCAGUCACACUGACAACAGAGUGGAAAUUCCCUGUGGGUUCUUCAAGGAGUUCCCCCUCCGAGAAGUUGAUAGAUUAGCCAUGGAGAACUGCCGGGGCGUGGUGGUCGCCUCGGCGAUCUUGAACGACUACGACAAGAUCCGGCAGCCCAAGGGGCUCGGGUCCGAGACUCUCAAGACGGCGUGCUUCUUCAUGUUCAUAGACGACGCCACACACAGGGUCCUCGCAAGGCACGGCAUUCUAACAGAGGACGCGCACGGCGGCGUCGGCACCGUCGGCGCGUGGCGCGUCGCGAGGCUGCGCACCGGCGGGCUCCCCUACGAGAACCCGGCCAUGAACGGCGUCGUCGCUAAGCACCUCCUGCACCGGCUGUUCCUGAACGCCAGGUUCAGCGUCUGGGUCGACGCCAAGAUGCAGCUGACGGUCGACCCGCUGCUGCUGGUGCACUCGCUCCUCGUCGACAAGGGCGUGGACAUGGCGGUGUCCAAGCACCCGUUCAACCUCCACACCAUGGAGGAGGCGAUCGCGACGGCGCGGUGGCGCAAGUGGGGGGAUGUGGAGGCCAUCAGGGUGCAGAUGGAGAGUUACUGCGAGAACGGCCUGCAGCCAUGGUCCCCCAGCAAGCUUCCAUAUCCAUCAGAUGUACCGGACACGGCGAUCAUCAUCAGGAGGCACGGCCUAGCCAGCGACCUCUUCUCCUGCCUGCUGUUCAACGAGCUGGAGGUGUUCAAUCCGCGCGACCAGCUCGCCUUCGCGUACGUCAGGGACCAUAUGAUCCCCAAGGUGAGCAUGAACAUGUUUGAGGUCGAGGUGUUCGAGCACAUCGCCGUCGAGUACCGGCACAACUUGAAGCGUGAUGGCGUGGGACGAGGGAAGCAGGGGGACACUAGGAUGGCGUCCUCAAGAGACAUCACUGGGAGCAGCUGCGAGAAGUACCUUCUGAAGAUGUGGGGAGAGCAUACUGAAUAAGGUCUUUUGCAAAUGCGGACCAAUUCUUCUUUUUCCCUUUUUGUUCUAAAGAUUGCAUAGAUGUACAUAUACUGCAGGUAAUUUUGACAUACUAGAUCUUUUUGUCUUGUUAUGGGUAGUAGAUCAAGGCUUGUCAUUUUAUUAGGAGAUAAGUUUGUUAGGAGUUAGAUUUAAUUUGGUUAGAAGAUAAGUUUGAUUUGAUUUUCAAUUUAGUAGGAGAUAAGUUUGAUAAGUUAAGAUUUGGAGUCGUUUAAGAAUUGUAAUCACCCCAUAUAUAAGGAAAUGCAAUAUUCAGAAUAAAGGUAUGCAAAAAAAGAAUUAAUUUAAGUCUCCCUAA